AUGGGGCCUAUUGCGCUUGCUAGCCGUUCCGGCGCGCUGGCCAGGCCCUUACGCCGCGCCCUGCCCUCGGCUGCCCGUCGCCUCUUCUCGACUGUCAACGAUGCCGCCCCCCUGCCCCCUGUCUACGAGCGCCUCUACAACAAGUAUGCCACCGUGCGGCGUGUGCUGGGCGCCGAGCGCCGGCUGACGCUCGCCGAGAAGAUCCUGUACAGCCACCUGGACGAUGUCGAGACGAACCUGCUCACGGACACGAACAAUGGCCGCUCCAUUCGCGGCACCGCCAACCUGCAGCUCAAGCCCGACCGUGUCAAUAUGCAGGACGCCUCUGCACAGAUGGCGCUGCUACAGUUCAUGGCUUGCAACCUGCCACAGACGGCCAUCCCCGCCAGCAUCCACUGCGACCAUCUGAUUGUCGGCGAGAAGGGUGCCGAGGCCGACCUGGAGGCCGGCAUCGACACCAACGGCGAGGUGUUUGCGUUCCUCGAGUCGGCGGCGCGCAAGUACGGAAUUGACUUUUGGCCGCCCGGCGCGGGCAUCAUCCACCAGACUGUGCUCGAGAACUACGCCAUCCCCGGUCUCAUGAUGCUCGGCACCGACAGCCACACGCCCAACGCCGGCGGUCUCUGCACGGUGGCCAUUGGUGUCGGCGGUGCCGACGCCGUCGAGGCGCUGGUGGGCGCCCCCUGGGAGCUCAAGGCUCCCCGUAUCCUGGGCGUGCGGCUGACGGGUCAGCUUAGCGGCUGGGUGUCGCCCAAGGACGUCAUCCUGCACCUGGCGGGCCGCCUGACGGUGCGUGGCGGUACCGGUUUUAUUAUCGAGUACGCCGGACCUGGCGUGCAGACGCUGAGCUGCACGGGCAUGGCCACGAUGGCCAACAUGGGCGCCGAGGUCGGUGCCACGACGUCCGUGUUCCCGUACACCGAGGCAUCUGCGCGCUACCUGGUGUCGACGCGGCGGGACCAGGCCGCACAGGACGCUGCACGGUUCCAGCAGUUCCGCGGCACGCAGGCGCCGGCGGCCAACGACAAGAACGCCGUGUUCGAGUUCUCCGCCGACGAGGGUGCCGAGUACGACGAGCUGAUUGAGAUCAACCUGUCGGAGCUCGAGCCGCACAUCAACGGGCCCUUCACGCCCGAUCUGUCGAUCCCGCUGUCCGAGUUCCGCCAGACGGUCGAGCAGGAGGCGUGGCCCCAAAAGCUCUCAGCUGGCCUGAUUGGCAGCUGCACCAACAGCUCGUACGAGGACAUGACGCGUGUCGAGAGCCUGCUCAAGGCGGCGGCGUCGGCGGGCCUGCAGCCCGUGUCGGACUUUUACGUGACGCCCGGCAGCGAGCAGAUCCGGGCGACGCUCGAGCGCGACGGCACACUGGAGACAAUCGACAAGGCGGGCGGCGUGCUGCUGUCCAACGCGUGCGGCCCCUGCAUCGGCCAGUGGAAGCGCCGCGACGGUGUCGAGAAGGGCACCUCGAACGCCAUCUUCACGUCGUACAACCGCAACUUCCGCGGCCGCAACGACGGCAACCUGGAGACGAUGAACUUCCUUGCGUCGCCCGAGAUCGUUACAGCGCUUGCGUUUGCCGGCUCGACGACGUUCAACCCGCUGACGGACCCCAUCCCCACUCCCGAUGGCGGCGAGUUCCGCUUCCCGGCCCCGCACGGCCUGGAGGGCCCGCCGAAGCCGUUUGACGAGGGUCGCGCGGCGUUUGCGGCGCUGGUGCAGCAGCCCGAUGCGUCGGUGGAGGUGGCCAUCUCCAAGACGUCGGAGCGCUUGGCCAUUCUGGAGCCGUUUGAGCCGUUCCCGAACCAGGACCUCGAGGGCCUGCGUGUGCUGGUCAAGGUGCAGGGCAAGUGCACAACGGAUACGAUUUCGGCGGCAGGGCCCUGGCUCAAGUACAAGGGCCACUUGCCCAACAUCAGCGCCAACACGCUCAAUACGGCCGUCAACGCGGCGACGGGCGAGGUCAACGUGGCCUACGAUCUGGACGGCAGCAAGUCGACGAUCCCCGAGUUGGCGCAGCAGUGGCGCGAGCGCGGCCAGCCGUGGCUGGUCGUUGCCGAACACAACUACGGCGAGGGCAGCGCGCGCGAGCACGCGGCGCUGCAGCCGCGGUACCUGGGCGCGCGCAUUGUCGUGACCAAGUCGUUUGCGCGCAUCCACGAGACGAACCUCAAGAAGCAGGGCGUGGUGCCGCUGACGUUUGCCAACGAGGCCGACUACGACCGCAUCGAGGCGGGCGACGUGGUGGCGACGGUCGGCCUGUACGACAUGCUGCAGGCGCGUGGCCAGGGCGAGGUGCAGCUCAAGGUGACCAAGGCGUCGUCGGGCGAGGAGUUUGUGGUGCCGGUGAAGCACACCGUGAGCAAGGACCAGGCCGGCUUUAUCCUGGCCGGCAGUGCGCUGAACAUGCUGUCGCAGCGGUAA